GAGCUUCCUGAAUUGAUCACAUGACCUCGUCAAUAAGGAUGGAGGAGGACCAAAGUCAAAUGACUGAGAAGAUAUUGGCCCUCACCCUGGAGAUCAUCUACCUGCUGACCGGAGAGGAUUAUAAGGUAGUAAAGGAAAUAUCUGGUGAGCCAUUAACAACCAGCAGAUGUCUUCAGAGGACAUCACCCACCACAGAGCCUUCACCUCACCGCCUGACAACAGAGGAAAAGAGUGCCAAGAAGAUUCUGGAGGUCAUCAAGAAGAUGAUGGAGCUGCUGACGGGAGAGGUGAGCGGUGCCGGGAAUUCUGGGCCAUGAUCCAGGA